CGCAAGCGCAUCUGGUAGAUAGAUUUUCAGUCACAUUUUUAGUGCUACAGCCUGGCCACUCUGGCACAUCACCUCGUGUUCACUCGCAAACAAAGAAAAAGUGCAUUUUAAUUACUGAUUACUGCAUUGCGAUUAGACGGUCGCGGAUUAUUGCGUAUUUGACGAACGUCGGACAGUCGAAAAUAAGCAGGGCGCGCGUGGGCCGAGCAUUUCUCGCAGUGUGGUGCGGCACAAGUGCGUGGUGGCUGUGGAUGUGUGUGUAUUUGUAUUGCCAUUAACUAAUAAACAAUAACCUUCGGGGCCACGAAAGCUGCCCCCGCCUGUUCCAACAGACUAGUAGUAGAAUAUAACGCGCAGCGCAGGCAUCAAAUCAUUUCCGCGUGUACCUAGCUGCUGCUACCGCCGCCCCAGCCCCCAGCCUCCAAAAAAGAAGCCAACAAAUCAGCAGCACCUGGCAGCUAGCUAGCAGACUGCUGACUGCGUACCAAUUCCACCCGGGCAUCCCAUCCAGACACAGCACACACAACAUCAACCAAAUGGCGGACGUGAGCGAUCCCAGCGAGCUCUUCGACCUGGAGCUGCACGAAGACGACAAGGCCCACGACUCGGACGACGACAGGAUCGAGCUGGACGACGUCGACCUAGAACCGGAAUUGUGUAUUAAUCUGCACCAAGAGAAUGAAGGCCAGGAGACCAUACAGCUAUCCGAGGAGAAUGUCAAUCCCGGCAAACUCAAGCUUGGCCCCAAGGACUUUGAGCUCAAGAAGGUCCUCGGCAAAGGUGGCUAUGGCAAAGUAUUUCAGGUGCGCAAGACCGCUGGACGAGAUGCAAACAAAUAUUUUGCCAUGAAGGUUCUCAAAAAGGCAUCGAUUGUUACCAACCAAAAGGACACAGCGCACACACGUGCCGAGCGCAACAUACUCGAGGCAGUGAAGCACCCAUUCAUAGUGGAGCUGGUCUACGCCUUUCAAACAGACGGAAAACUUUAUCUUAUACUUGAAUAUUUGAGCGGCGGCGAGCUGUUUAUGCAUUUGGAACGCGAGGGUAUAUUUCUGGAGGAUACCACAUGCUUCUACCUAAGCGAGAUCAUCUUGGCCCUGGGCCAUUUACACAAACUGGGCAUCAUCUAUCGCGAUCUUAAGCCCGAAAACAUUCUCCUGGACGCCCAGGGGCACGUCAAACUAACCGACUUCGGUCUGUGCAAGGAGCACAUUCAAGAGGGUAUUGUCACCCACACCUUCUGCGGCACAAUUGAGUACAUGGCACCUGAAAUCCUCACCAGAAGUGGCCAUGGCAAAGCAGUGGACUGGUGGUCCCUGGGCGCUCUUAUGUUCGACAUGCUGACUGGAGUGCCUCCCUUUACCGCCGAGAACCGCAAGAAGACCAUCGAAACUAUCUUAAAAGCUAAGCUCAAUCUGCCAGCCUACCUCACGCCCGAAGCCAGGGAUCUGGUGCGUCGUCUGAUGAAGCGCCAGGAGCCCCAGCGCCUGGGCAGUGGACCCGAGGAUGCGGCGGCUGUCCAAAUACAUCCAUUCUUCAAGCACGUCAACUGGGACGAUGUCUUGGCCAGACGCCUAGAACCGCCCAUAAAGCCGCUCUUGCGAAGCGAGGACGAUGUCUCACAGUUCGAUACGAGAUUCACAAGACAGAUUCCCGUAGACUCCCCGGACGAUACAACGCUGAGCGAAAGUGCCAAUCUUAUUUUCCAAGGAUUCACCUACGUAGCGCCCUCGAUACUGGAGGAUAUGCAUCGGGCGAAUAGGAUGCCGGCCCGCUCACCACGACGCACUCCCCGCCAGCUGCCGGACAGCAGCUUCCGACUACAAUUCCCGUCCGCCAGCAACGCCCCAAUGGCCAUGCACGGUCAUCCGCAUCCGCAGCCCCUACGCUCCGGAAUGUUUGCCCGGGCCACGCCCCCAACACACCACAUGCAGACGUUCGCCCCUCGUCCAUCGCCGGCGCAGGACGAGAUGAUGGACGUGCAGCAGGGCCUGCCGAUGGUCUAAGUCCUUGGACGUCCUGGAACGGUGGCUUCCCAUCACACCCCAUCCCACCCGGCACUACUCCCUCUCUCUCUCCCAACCGAAACAGAAAUUGACAGUUACUAUUAUGACGUAUGUGGAGUGUGGACUUGGAUGAGGAUCGGUAGCAGGAUCAGGAUCUGGAAGGAGGAGGAGCAGCACACGUCGUCUGUGUGCGGAGUUGUUUUUGUUAAAGUCAGCGUGCACGGAUCGCGCUGUGAGAUGAUGAGAAUGAUUAUGAUAACGAUUGAUAACGAUGAUUGAUGAUUGAUGAUUGAUGAGCUACGCACUAGAGAGGCGUUCGUUUUUGGAUACUACGACCUAGACACUACGACAGUUAGAGAGACAUCCAGAUAGAGAUAUGCUAUAGCUAUACUAAAAAAAAAACAGACCUAGGGCGAUGGCAGGAGCAGGAGCAGGAGGCCGACCUCUGAGAACCCCUCUAAACUUUAUCCAUGUUUAUGUAUAAAUAUUAUGCUUACACUUAUGUUUUAUAUAGGCGAAAAGGUUUACACAAUUUAGUUCAAAUGUACACGCAACACCCCCUAAUAUCGUUUUAAUUUUAUUUAACUCGCAACGGAAUGAAGGACAUGUAUUCAUACACUCAUGGCCCCAUCCCGGGCAUAUCCUAGUGUAUCGUUAAGUUAUCCUUACCAACCACAUAAAUCCUGUUUGAUGAUCCUGGCUGAAAAAAAAUACAAGCCAGUUCCGGCGUAGUUUUCUGAUUGUUUUUGUCGACGGCUCGACGAUAGGCGUAUAUAUAGUGUGUGUGACUUUAGUUUUUUAGGGACACCAGCAACUGCAGAGUAGCCAACCAACACAACACAAACUUAAAUGAAAUGUAAAUUAUAAACUAAAAACUAGAGCAUAAAUAAAUAAAAGAAUAAAUAUAUAUUGUAAACUAACAGGUUUCCCAGAUCGAUGUUGAAAGGAAUAGCGAUUCAUGAUUAAUAACCAGGCUCCCUCCCUCCCCCCAGAAUUCGAUUCCAGUUGAGUUUUCAAAUUCAAAAAAGAUUGAAAAAUGAUAUAAUACCGCGUACUGAGAAGCUAAACGCUGCCACAACGAUACACCCCUUUAAAGGGAGAACUAUAAGAUAAAUUUAUACAAUUGAUUGAGAUACUUUUGAUUGAUUAUGUUCCGUUUUCCGUUUCAUUAUUCGAACAAUUUUUUUUCGAGAAAAUAGGGAAAAUAAAAAAUAAAUAAACACAAUGUCAAAUAUAAUCAAAAGGUGCUUUGAAUUGUUAAAAAAUAAAUAAAAAAAAGACAAGAUAACUACAAAAUAGAAACGGAAAUAAAACAAAAAAAAGGGGAAAAAGAUGAGAAGAAAACUAUGAAAUCGAAAGCGACUAAAACCUAAAUACUUAUAACGGUUAUGUGUAUAAAAAAUAUUUAUAUAAACAAAAAAUAAAUACCUCAGAAGCAAUUAUUUUUGUUACAAGCAACUAAAACUAAAAAAUGCGAGCGAUGCAAGUAAAGAACUUAAACGGAAGAACUACCAACUAAAGUACAGAAACAAUGGAAAACUAUUAACUAAAUAAAUCAAGAAAUUAGGAAACAGAAUAUUUAAAUACAUAUAUACUAUAUAUAUAAUUCAUUGUAUACUUAUUUCUUUAUGUUUUUGGUUUUGUUUACUGCUAAAUGCUAAAUGCAUUUUGUAUUUUUUAUUAAACAAUCAUUUUUUUUUUACCUUUUUAAGAAGAGAAAAAGAAAAAAAAGCCCAACAGAAACCAAAAAAUGAAACUGUUUUCAAUUGUGGAAGGAUAUCUCGUUUCGAUUUGUUAGUCCGACCGAGGCAACCCGAGAAUAAUGUGCUAAAGCCAAUAAAAAAAAUACACAUUUAUGUAAGAAUAUUAAAAAAUAAAACCUAAAAAAAAAAAACAGACAAACAGGAGAGAGUAACUAUUGAACAAAAAUCGAAUCACAGAAUGAUGAAACACUGCCUACAGAGGAAAAGAAACAAGAAACAAACAACAAAUUAGUAACAAAUUAUUA